AUGGUUACAUUUCUGCCGCCUUCACAAUCAGUGACGUUGAAAUUUCGCAAAGACGCGCUUGCGGCGCAGACGGCCGUGUCACUGCACGAACGCCGCGUCGCUGCGGUGCUCCACUCCCAAAAAGAGAUGCGCGAGUUUACAGCGAUUAUGCGGCGCGUGGAGGCGAAGGGCGGCGCCAACGCGUCCCGUCAGCGGCAGAAGCGACAGAUUGGAAGUGUCGCUGCUGCCGCUAACGGCACCGUGGCGGCUGGAAGGGUGGGCAGCAGGGCAAACAAUAAUAGACGGCGGCAACUACAUCCCCCCAGUCGCCGCGAAACAGGCGGUAGUGUCAAGUGUGAUGCUUUAUUACAUGAGGGCGCGUCCCAUCGGAGUAAUUCACCCUAUGGAAACAGCAGCACGACCAGCCGUCCAUCAGGGCAGCUGCCACUGCCUGGCAGGGCUGAGGUUGGCGGCUGCGGCCGCUCCAGCAUGGACAGCGCGGAGUCAGAUACAGAGGAGGUAAGCUUCUCCAGCGUCUUUUCCGAGAUGACUGAGCUCGACGGCGACGGGAGUCCUGAUGCCACUGCCAGCUCCCAACUUCACCGCACUGGUGGUCCAACGUCUGUGCAGUCUAAGCAGCGUUGCGGACAUCUCCACGGAGGGGGCGGCGCCACGGCAGUCGCACAGCCAAAAAUGUCAGCGGCGGCUGAAAUAGCGGCGGCUGACAACAUGGCCCGCAUGGCGCUCUACAAGCUGCGCGACCGGACAGCGCGUGGGUUGAUUACACUGCAGCACCAGCGCGUGGCACACAUGCGCGCUGGGACGCCGGUGCUCGAGCGCCAGAUGCAAGCGAGUCGGCAACGCCUGCUGCACGCCUACAGGGCUGGGGCAGGCAAAGGCAGAGGCGCCGGUGCGCAGACGCGUGCUGCGCUCCAUGAGGCAAUUGGGGAUGCCGCAGCCGCGGAGGACAGGCUGGUGGACACGACUGCACUGCCCGAUGAGGCACCGGUGCACUUUCAGAUCCCGAUGCCUGACGAUCUGGCAGAGCUGAAGGUCUCGUGGCGCGGCAUCCCCGACGCUGUCGGUAGCGACGACGACAGCGAUAAUGGCGACUCGUUGAACGCAAGGCAGUUGUCGUUGAAUAUGAAGUGUGUGACGCAGCUACCAAAGGUGGGCGGCGAGGCAGACAGGAGGGGGAAGGACAGCGUCGGCUGCCCUCGUAUCGGCAUCCAUAGCGGUGGCAGUAGUGGUGGUGGCGGUCGCCAAGGCACUGACUCGCGUUGUGUCGGCGCUGAUACCCCCGCUGUGCCGAUCGCGGCACCGGAUCAACGUGCCAAGUCCCUGACUUCCACCUCUUCUCUGCUCAGCAACGGCACCUUGCGCCCCGCCAAUGCUCACACAUCGGCGUCCGCUUUGUAUCUUGGAAGCGACGAGUUGAGUCUUCCGCCGGUGGCUGACAGCGCCACAUGCUUCACGGCGGGGGCGUCCGUGGCUGCUGCCGUGCUGGAGGCUGCGGCGGAGGCCAAAGACGAGCAGCACCUGCGCAACGAGCUGCAACGACGCCUGGCGCAGGCAAACGAGUCCACAGUUUACGGUCUGGACGGCGCCCUGCGUGGCACGCGAGACGGCUGCCCAUUCAAGACUGCGAGAGGGGCGGCGGCAGCUGCUACAAUACACUCCAGCGUCGCCGGUGGAGGUGCUGACGCAGCCCUGCACAGCGCACGGAAGGUAAAGCUGAGUCGGCAUCGCCUGGGAGAGAGUGCUGCUCCCCCGAACCUGCAACCGCUGGCGCGGCUAGCUGCAGGGCAGAGCAUGUCUGGGCAAGUCCCGCUCGUCCGAGAGACAUGCAACGUCGGCGUCAGUGUCCCUGCGUCCGUGGCAGUUGCCGGCGUGCAGGAGCGGCGCACCGAUCCAUCCUUCGUUCUCCCUGACCCCGAAGGUCACCCGCAGCAGCUGAAGCACCAAGGCGGUGUCCAGCUCGGGAGUGGCCCGGCAACCUUGCUGAGCACGCAGAACGGUAUCGUUGCUGCGCCACUCUCCACGUCCCUUCCACCUCUCGGAGGCAGCACAACGCCGGCUACGCAAUCGCGCGCUGUGGUGGCACAGUCCACCUCUCCUGUAGCGUCUGCGCUCGGCGCGCAGGCAUCCGCAGGUGGCCUUGCCGUUGUCGCCGCACUGUUGCCGCAGCCCCGUCGCCCCCGACGCAACAGCAGCUUCCUGAAGCGGAAGAAGCGGCAUCGGCGCAAGCCGCUGACAGCUGCCAUCGGGGUCGGCGAGCAUGCAUCGGCGCUACUCCAGCAGGAGUUGCUGGUUACGAGGUGGUGGGAGCUGGCGGCGGACCAGGUGCCCAGUCACGACAUCGAGUGUACCUGUGCCACGCUGCAGCGACUGCGCCCGCUGCGGGACCAGCUCAUGGAGCGCGACAUGUGCGCGGGUACGAGGUCCCCACGCGCGGCGAAGCGUGGCGCUGAAGGACCAGAGCAUCCUUUACUGCUGAUGCGCGACCCUGUGCUGGGAUCGCAGCCGGCGACGCCACCAGACACGGCACUCGCGACGCCUAUGCCGUUGCCGAACGUGCCCUUGAAUGCAUCAGUCAGCAGCACCGCUGUGACUGGCACAAUGACAGCGCCAUCGCCACCGCCACGGCGCACUGAGGCGGACGCUUCCGUUGUGCGUUCGCACCUGGCAAAGGCGUUGCUGCGCCGACAACGCCAGCUGAUCUACGACGAGGCGGUGCGGCUGGACACGACGAACCGGCUGGAGGCCCACGCCGCUUAUCUUGAUGCCCUUACUCAACUCGCUCACAAGCACGUGUCCGCUGUGUCGUGGCCUGCGGUGUCGGCCCUAAUGGACGAGUUACGGAAGCGACUACAGCGCGAGGCGCAGCUGACGACUGGCGCCCCGGCUUCCACAGGGGAUGGCGCAGCUAGCGAACUGGCGGCGCAGGCAACCGUGGCGCCCCCCAGCUCAUUCUCCACGGCGUCCUCACUGUCAACGACUUCUGUGGUACCCCAAGCGACCACGCCAGCGCUGCCGCCGCCGUCCGCGCAACAGUAUGGUGGCCUUCAGCAGCUCAUCGCCACCCACUUCGGCGUACUCGAGCUGACGCAGUGGGCAGUGCAGGAGUUGUUGCAGCACCUUGCCGCGCUGUAUCGCAUCCCCUUGUCUCUCCUGCACGAGUGGAUUGCGGAGCAGCAGCGGUGCUACUCACGAUCCUACAACUAUGAGGAGCGCUUUCUCGCUGUCGAUCGCACCAUUGUUGGGCGCGCGGUAACAAGCGACACGGUGCUGCGGCUCACGCUGCACCGCUGCCGGCGACCACCACUGGCACCGCCUCAAGGCCCGUCCAGAGCUGCAGGUAGCGAGGCCAUGGUCUACGUCAGCCAUUACCAGCAGGAGCAGCAACCUGUUGGGCAGGGAGAGGGCCUCUACUACAUUCGAGUACGGUCAGCAGUACAGUCAGUGGCAUCCACAGCGGUCCCGCUGAGUUCGACGGCAGCGACAUCAAUCUCGGGGACGGCUACGUCUAUGCGGGACUUUCCGGCGUCACUCAGCGAAGGCGCUCACGUGUUAGCAAUGGGCUCGCUCUCCGCGAUAGCCUCCGAGGCUACCAUGCUGCAGUCCUCAUCGUCCGCAAAAGUUCUCAACUUCUUCGGUCAGACCUUGAUUGUGCACCUGAUCCCCACCGGCGUUACCGCCUCCGGCCGCUCAAAGGGUCCUGAGUGCCGCACCGCGACUAAAAGAGCGGCCGGAUACCACAGCGAUGGCAGCGGCGUCAAGGACACUAACGCCGAGGUGGACGACUCUGUAUUGGCAGUAGAGCUAAUGCAGGCAGGGGCCACCUCCCCUCUGGCGUGCGGCAAGCUUGACCUGUACAGGCUCGGUUUCAACGCGGGCAGCACCAACCAUGGCGGCGGUCGGGUGUGUGGGCAAAACAUACAGAUCGCACUGCGACGCAAAGGCUACCGAAGUGCGGAGCUGAAGGCGACGUUGGAGAUACUAUGA